CUUGUAGCCUGGCCAGGUAUAUAAGGCCGUCAGACACCUCUAUCCUCAUUCACACUCACAACUUGACAACAUGAAGCUCGCUGUGAUCCUCGCCCUGGUUGCUGUGGCUGUGGCAGAAGAGACGGUGGCCCCCGUCCCCCUGCCCGUCGCCAUCCUCCGCAGCCAACAGGUCAACCCCGACGAGUUCGGUGCCCACAGCUCCGACUUUGAGGCAGAGAACGGCAUCAAGUUCCAGUUUUCUGGGUCUCAGGGAGCCACAGGAGGCUCCAACAUGAUCGGUUCUUGGAGCUACCUCCAGGAGGACGGCAGUUUAGCGACAGUCCAGUUCGUGGCUGACGAGAACGGUUUCCAGCCCCAGUCCGACCUGCUGCCCGUGGCCCCCGCCUUCCCCCACCCCAUCCCCCAGUUCGUCCUCGACCAGAUCGCCUUCGCUGAGGCUGAGAAGGAACGCAAGGCUCAAGAGGAGAGUUAAUAUUGUUCUAUAAAUAUCCCUCUGAAGCUCAAGAUUAUAAGGACCCCAUUCAGUCCUGUUUAAGAACGAUCAGAUUUGUCUUGCAUAACAUAACUUAUUUAUAACCUUUAUUUAUUAGUCACAGGAAACGACUUAAUAAAGCAGCUUAAGAUAA